AUGACAACCGUCAUCAUGCGUCAGAAGGACAUCAGACCCGCACCGGCGCGGAUCGAGUUCAAGGGAAUGAAAUUCCUCAUUACCGAUCGGCCAUCGGACGCAAACAUACAUUCGUAUAUCGCUGAGCUGAAAAAAAAUAACGUCUCGAUUGUGGUGCGCGUAUGCGAGCCAAGCUAUAAGAUCGAAGAGCUGGCAAACCAUGGUAUCAUCGUGCGCGAUUUGGCGUUUGAGGAUGGUACCUUCCCGCCGAACGACAUCGUAGUGGAAUGGUUCGAGAUUUUGAAGCAAAAAUUCCAGGAGGAUCCGGAAGCGUGUGUGGCGGUACACUGUGUAGCAGGUCUAGGCCGUGCACCAGUGCUUGUGGCCCUUGCUUUGAUUGAACUAGGACUUAAGUACGAGGCAGCUGUAGAAUUGAUUAGAGAUAAACGAAGAGGUGCUAUUAAUGCCAAACAACUAUCAUACCUAGAAAAGUAUAGGCCCAAAUCACGGUUAAAGCACAAAAAUGGCCACAAGAACUCGUGCUGCGUGCAAUAAAACUAUCAAAAUUCCCACCAGUUAAAGUGUUCAUUUUAA